UAGAAGGCAGCGCUGGGGGAAGCGAGGGUCGCUGCUCACGUCAGCAGCGCGGGCCCGGGGCAGGCUCGAAGGGGCCGGUCCGCCCCGGGGCGGGGCUCGCCGCUUUGCGCGCCAGAAUUCGGAGAGCGGAGCCCGGGUCCCGCCGCCAGCGCCCGGCCCGGCCCCGCCAUGUGCGCCGCGGUGCCCGGCUACUCGCCCGGCUUCAAGAGGCCGCCGGAGACGCUGCGCCUGAAGCGGAAAAGGGCCCGGAGGAGCGAGGCCGCCUCCCCGCCCUGCCCCCGGGCGGACCCGGCCUCCGCCCCGCGCCCUUUCCCCAGACCAGGGCGGCGCAAUCCCUUCUCCAGCCUGGACAACGCGCCGCGCCCCGGCAGCGCCGGGCACCGCCCCCCGGGCACCCCCGAGCUGCAGGAGCAGCGGCCCCCGCCGGGGAGCCAGGCCCCCAGACACCCGCUGUGGCAGUUUUUAGAUCCUCUGCAAGAAAAUAAAUCCACCUGGAAAGAAGAGUGUUCUGAAAGAGCAGAUUUUGCCACAUUAACCAAUGAUCUUCAUUUACCUGUUUCCAUGCCUGAUGUUUCCUGCUCACCAAGCACAGAAUUUCCUGCAGACUGGAGUAUUAAAACUCGACUUCUAUUCACGUCUUCCCAACCUUUUACUUGGGCAGAGCAUUUAAAGGCACAAGAAGAGGCUCAAGGAUUUGCCCAGCACUGUAGAGCAACAUCAGUCAAUUUCCCACAAAGCAUACAGGAACCAAAGCUGUCCACGGAACUCCGCUGUGCAUUCCAGCAAAGUCUUAUUUAUUGGCUUCACCCUUCACUGCCAUGGCUACCGCUAUUCCCUCGUAUUGGAGCAGAUAGGAAAAUAGCUGGAAAGACUAGUCUUUGGUCACAUGAUGAAACACUGCAACAGGUUCUAAUGAGUGAGUGGUCUGUCAGUUUUACUUCCCUAUAUAAUCUUCUCAAAGCCAAGCUGUGUCCCUAUUUCUAUGUUUGUACCUACCAAUUUACUGUGCUGUUUCGUGCAGCAGGCCUUGCAGGAAGUGAUGUUAUCACAGCUGUUAUUUCCCCCACAACCAGGGGUUUAAGGGAAGCCAUGAGAAAUGAAGGCAUAGAAUUUUCUUUACCUUUGGUAGAAGAAACUAGGAGCAAGACACAGAAAAACUCUGAAACAAACUUGGAUACAGAAGUUAACAGUCCUGAAACAGGCAAAAACACUGAAGAUGGAGAGGAACAAGGAGUGAGCGACGAUGAAAGUUUCUCUUGGCUUGAGGAGAUGGGAGUCCAAGACAAGAUUAAAAAGCCAGACGCAAUUUCUAUCAAACUCCGUAAAGAGAAAAAUGAAGUGCAAGUGGAUCACAAGCCUGAAUCUGUUGCAUUAGUGAAAGGAACAAACACAUUCAUGUUGCUGAACUUCUUGAUAAACUGUAAGAGUUUAGUAGCUGCUGCAGGCCCUCAAGCAGGGCUCCCACCAACACUGCUGUCCCCAGUUGCUUUUCGAGGUGCAACAAUGCAAACGCUCAAGGCUCGAAGCAUCAAUGUGAAAACACCGGUUCACUUAUGCUAUAAUGAUAUAUUUAGCUUGGAGAUCACAGGUCCUGUCAUGCCUCAUUGUCUGCAUACUUUGACCAUGCUGCUCAAAUCUGCACAGAGGGGAGCUUUUUCUGCUGUAUUAUACACCCAUGAGCCAACAGCGGUGUUUAACACUAACACAGAGAGAAUCUUAAAUAAGGAAACUAUGUGCAAGGACCUCACUAAGUGUGGAUUGCAUCUUAAAACAUUGGAUCAAUUGAUUCAACUUCCAACAUUAGGAAAGUCUUCUAUACGACUCCUAGAAAUGAGAGACUAUGCUUACACCUGGAAAUCCUAAGUAUGCUAUUUUAAUUCAUGAAAUGAGACUAGUAGUGUUUGGUCAAUACUCUACAGAUGCUAUCGUGUACCAGGAGGGGAGAAUUGCCUACUUGCAAAAGCUUUUGGACAUGUAGGUAAGAACUUCUGUUGCACACAUCCUCACUCAUAAGGCAACUUCCAGUGGAAAAACAUUCUGAAUAGUCCAGCAAGAACACUGCCCCUCUCAAAACCUGCAACAGCUGCAUUUGUCUUUAAUGUUUUUAAAUAAAGUUUUUAUAAACAAGGUAA